ACAUGCUGAGUCGUUUCAAUGUAAACAAAAUGGCAGACGGUGAACAAAGAAAGGUAGAAAAUAUUAUGGAUGAAAAAGAAAUCGUUGACGAAAAAACAAAAGAAAACAAUCAAAACAAAUAUGAUGAAGAUAGUAAUGGCGGUGAAACAAGUGACUGUCCAAGUGGUGAAUCUAUUGAAUGGAUAGAACCAGAGGAUGAUGAAUUGAUUGUUAUUGAAACUGGAGAUGGAGCACCUUUAGUUGGAACUGUUGAAACAGCUGAAUCAUAUUAUGUUGUUAAUUCACACCAACAUCAUGCAUCAACUUCAGAAAUGCAAAUGGAUGAAUCAAUGUUACGUUCAUUGACUGACAGUAGAUCUGGAGAGAAAAAUAAUAGUUACGACCUUCCAGAUACCGUUACAAAACUUAUGACUCCCUAUCGUUCAACUGUUUACGUUGUUGGUACAGCACAUUUCAGUAAAAGCAGUCAAGAAGAUGUGCGAAAGACAAUUAAUCUUUUACAACCGAACGUCGUGAUGGUUGAGUUAUGUCGGAAUAGAGUGGACAUAUUAAAAUAUGAUGAAGAAUUUUUAAUGCGAGAAGUUGCAAACAUUAGUUUUCAAAAGUUGCGAACGUUGAUACAACAGACAGGUGUUAUAUCUGGUAUAAUGCAAGUGUUACUACUGAGUAUGUCAGCUCACAUUACAAAAGAGUUGGGUAUGGCUCCAGGAGGGGAGUUUAGAGCCGCUUAUCAAGAGGUAAAGAAAGUUCCAUUUUGUCAAUUUCGUCUCGCUGAUCGUCCAAUACAGAUAACAUUAGCGAGAGCCAUGGGAGCUUUAUCUGUAUGGCAAAAAAUAAAACUCGCAUGGCAUCUUAUUACAUCGAAAGAACCAAUUAGCAAAGAAGAUGUCGAGCGCUGUAAGCAAAAAGAUUUACUGGCUGAAAUGUUAGCUGAAAUGACUGGAGAUUUUCCUAAAUUGUAUGAGAUUAUUGUUAAAGAAAGAGAUGCAUAUUUAGCAAGAUCAUUACGACUUGCUGCGAUACCUCGUGAAGUUACUGAUCCAGAUGGAGGUUUUCACUUUGAGCCCACAGUCAUUGUUGGUGUGGUUGGAAUUGGUCAUGUUCAAGGAAUCAUUGAUCAUUGGGAGAAAGAUAUUGAUGUUCAAGAAAUUAUGAGGAUUCCACCAAGAAGUAAAACAUGGAGUUAUGUAACGAAAAUAUUAAAGGCGACAACGGGCAUGUUUAUGUUAUGGAGUUGUUACAAGAUAAUAAGAUGGACAGGAAUUCUGAAAUACUUGCCUACACUACCUUUAACAAUAUAACAAUUAUUAUUUAAGCAUUUAAACGUAUUAUCUAUUGUUAGUUUUGAUUCGCACCAAUGAAUAGUUGAGAUUAUUUACAAUGGCUAACAUAGUCAAACAUUUUUGACAAAAAAAUGCAUGUAUAACUCAACAAAUGAGAAUAGCAAUCUGCAAGCAAUGGUGUUUAUUGUAAGCUAAAACUGGCAAACUAUAUAGUAACUAAAUAUCUGUAUAGUAAGAUUUUACAUCAGGAGAUAUUAGGAAGUUGUUCAAGAAAUAUACAAGCUUCAGAUUUA